GCAUGUGCGAUGCAUAUAAUGUAUCCAGCACAUGUAAGUGCUUCCCUGUGUUGUGCGUGGAUGGCAGUGACGGCCGUGGUUGCUCUUUAUGGCCGAGGGAGUGGCCACUCCGCCACAGUGAGGGCAGGGGGGGGCCGGCGAGUCGUGCACGCCCCAGAAGUGGACGCCGCGCCGAUGGCGAUGGAGAAGAGAGCGGGUCGCGCUAGUGGUGGGACUGACGGAUUGGCGGCAUGUAGGUGGUGAUAAUACCUGACAGACCGAGGAUGUGCACUCGAGAUCAGGCGCAACAGUUCAGUACUCGUGGAUAAAUGGACCUGCUUCCAUAAACCGUAGUAAAGCAAUUUUGCCAAUGAUUGAGCUCUAUAAAAUCGGAACCCAAGCGAAGGAUUUUGUCAACAGUGAGGUAACCUGCGACCCUCGGUUCGAGAGUAACGGCUGCUGAGGCCACUUGCAGGCGAAGAGGAAUACGGUGAGACAGGAGAAGGUGGGCGCUGCUCAAGUGGAUGCCUCCUGUGUCCUGACGGAAUGAUGCCAGUCGUCUUCGUGGUGUGGUUGGCGGUGGCGGCGGCUGUGUGCGGUGGUUCUACGGAGGCGGGGGAGGCGCGGGCAGCGGCCAUGUGGUGGCGGGCAGCCGGCGAGGACCUGGUGCGGGCGUGGGCGAGAAAGGAAAAGGCAAUCAGCGUGUCCCUGGUGACGAUAGCCGAGGACGAAGAGGAUGUUGCAGCGGCGUGGGCAGGCACAGUCAAAGCCACAGCCGAGCGCCUGACCACCACGGCUACGGCGGACCCAUGGGUAUGCGGCAUCACCUCUUUGCGCGCCCUCCCACGCUGGACCCCGAAUAUCAGGACGCUGGUGGUGGCUCCCUUCUUCACGCAAUACCACGCCCACGUCCUCUCGCAGGUGAUGAGCAGCUCCAAUAGGCAGGUGAGGAAAUGGCUGCUGCUCUCCUUAUCUCGACUCGAAGACCUGCUGCCCGCCCUCUUCCUGCCCUUCAGUAACCAGGUGGUGGUGGCGCAGCUGGGCCAGGUGGUGGAGCUGUGGGAGCAGUACCAAGGGGCGCCGGAGCUUAAGCGACACCUUCACCUGCGUGCCACCUGGACGCCGCCGCCGACGCUUCAGGGUGGUGGCAGCGAGGAGGAGCAUGGCGGAUUGAAUCUGCUGCAGGUGCCUGUCCGCCAGCCUGACCUGACGGGUCUUCAUAUCCGCUGCCUGGCGGAGGAGUGGCCGCCCUUCAUCAUGGUCGACACAGAGGGCGGCAAGACGAUCAGCAAGAUCAGCGGCAUAUCCGCCGAGAUCUGGGAGACGCUGCGGGAACUACUCAACUUCACAUACUCGUGCAAUCGUUCUCCUGACGGCGAGUGGGGCGUGCUGAGGCCUGACGGGGUGUGGAGCGGCAUGAUCGGCGAGUUGGUGCGCGGGGCCGCGGACGUCAUCGUGGGGAACGUCGACCAGACCCUCCAGCGCUCCAUGGUCAUUGACUUCGCUGUGCCCAUCACCACGUCCACUUUCCGACUGGCUGUGCGGAAGCCGAGCAGUGCCGUGGGAGGGUGGGACGGCUACAGCAUGGAGUUCACGCCCGCCGCCUGGCUGGGCCUCCUGGUCACCGCCUGCCUCUGCUCCUUGGGCCUCGCCCUCGUGCUGUGCUUGGCCGCCAGGGAACGAUUUGCUGUGCGUGAGGCUGUACUCAUCGUCCUGGGAUGCCUGUGUCUUCAAGGUCCGGCGAGGGAGGAGUAUCGGAUGUCUGGGCGGAUAUUACUCCUGACGACGGGCGUGUUCGGACUGCUCUCCUUCACCCACUACUCCUCCGUCCUGAUCUCCUUCCUCACCUUCACUCGCGCCUCCCACCCCAUCACCUCCCUCGAAGACCUCUUCCACUCCACCACCUACACUAUGGGCAUCUUUCGCGGCACCUCCACCCAGGAUCUUCUGCAGACGUCGCGUCGUGACCUCUACCAUCGCGUAUGGAACAAGCUGCUGCUGCCUCGGCCUGACAGCUUCGUGAAAUCCAACGCAGAGGGCGUCUACCGGGCCCUCACGGAGAACUAUGUCUUCCUUCUGGAGGAGAGUAUAUACUUGUACAGGUAUUCCAGUGAUUGCCGCCUGUUGCAAGUGGGUCCCAGGUACCUCUCGAUGCUGUCCUCUUUCACCUUCAGAAAGAACCUCCCCUACAAACAAAUAUUCGACCAGGGAAUCACGCGCAUCCUGGAGGGCGGGGUGGUGGAUCGGGAGAUAAAGCGGAUGCAGCGCAUAGCGACGUGUGAGACCAACAUCAUCAUGCCACUGCGUCUUGAGAACAUUUUCACCGCCCUGGUCAUUCUGGGGGUUGGCAUACUGGUCUCCAUCAUCCUCCUGCUCAUGGAGAAACUUUCAAUGAGGCAGUAGGAUGAGGGCUGCAUGUGUGAUUGAAGAAACCACUUGAGGAUGAGGCUGUCAGGUAUGAGGGAACAGAGCUGUAUGAAGGGGGAUGGACCGAGGGGAUGGUGCUAUUGUCAGUACGGGUUAGUGGUUGUUGUGCGAGGCCUUAACUGGAGAUGAAGCGAGGAUUAUCACGCUCACAUGCAUAGGGUUUAUCUUUUGAUAUACCUCAGUGUGGUCUUGUGUUUGACAGGGACAGGACAAAUUUAUAGCCUUGGGUUGUCUCAAUGCAAAUGACCUCAGACCUGCCUUUCGAGCUUUGAAGAAGCGCCACUUCAAAUCCGCAUCUCGUACGAAUACUAUCCGAACGGCUGAUGGGCAGAAAGUAUCAGACGCAGAUGGUUACUGGGCUAGUUGGGAGGAGUACUUGGCCAGCUGUAUACGGCAGUCUCCAAGUAGACAGCUGAUGACUUUAGCCUUUAUGCAGGGAGUGAGAAUGAUGUAAAUUGUGGGGGAGGAGUUUCCAGCUUCUUCCAUGUUGAUUCAAAAGUGAGGCAGGGGUGCAUCCUUGCUCCAUCACUUAUCAACACCUCCAUGGACUGGGUAUUAGGCGGAGUUGUUGAUAAGUCAUUUUUACAAGGAGAAUUUCACCUUGUAGUAACCAGCCACUGAUGGAGGCCUGGGAUGUGCCCAUUGAUGAAGCGGUUACUCCAGUUAUGCAACGUUUUCAUACUGAGGACAUAGCCAGCUACAGCUCCUCUAGAAUAUCCACUGGUAAAGGCAUAUGGUUGUCACUGUUCUCGUUCUGUCCGAGUGCCAUGGGUGUGGAUGCUUAGUGGUGGUAGCACCUGAACAGAACCGUUGUAGUAGUAUCAUAUUGUCUUGCCUCUCCUCACAGAGUAGUUGGUGUUGCACUCAGUCACUCUGGAGUUCCAGUGGGGAGGUAGUACCGUCUGGAGGGGAUGAUUGUAAAUCGCCUGGACUGUAGAGCGACUUUCAGGGUCGGGAGUUUUCUGCAACUCCAUCAUACCCUUAUUGAAGUCCUUGUUGUUGCCACCAGCUGUGCUGACCGUGAAAAAGAUGCAUCGCCAAGUCCUUUGAGAUGGAAAGCCUCCACCUGCAGCAUUGUAGGUAGGGCAGGGACAAAGUGGGCCAGUACUGGGAUCCACAAGAGGGUUUCACUUCCUGGAAGGAAGCUUGAUUAGCUGGACUCCAAAGAAACUCCAUUUUAGGGCUAAGUAGCUCAAUAAGGGUGAAGAAUGAAUAAAUUAUAGCACAGGUAAUUGCUGGGAGACCUGUGGAUGUAACAGCUAGGUGUGACCUGCAGGCUCGAUAACAGGAAGGCCUAACCUCAACUCUGCGCAGAAGCACAUUAAAGCAGUUAAGCCUCAAACCUGGUGGCUAUAUAAUAGUGCUUGGCCAUAUCCAGCCAACACUCUUCAUAGGCCUAAUAAAGGAUGAAGUCAAUACUGAUAAAAGUAAUCAUGGCAGUGUUGAGAAAAGCAGGUGAUACCGCAUAGCUGGGCACGAUAACAGAAAACCUUAUUCUCGAUAACCGAUAACUGAUAAUGGAAAACCUUAUCGGUGAUAACCGAUAUUCGUUAAUUGGAGACACAAAUAUAGGCGAUAACUGUUAACCGAUACCCGAUAUAAAUCCACAAUUCUGAUACUAGUUAGUGAUAACUCCGAUAGGUGAAAACGAUACAAUAUUGAUAUUUUAAAUAAAAAAAACAUAGAUGAAUUCAAAUUUUCGUUAUUUGUAUUUUAGAAAACUUACAAAACCUGAAAACCACACGUUGACACGUACCUAUGGACGGUGAUACUAGAAACGCCUGAACCGGUGUUGCGUUAUUUGGCGUCCCCACCGUCAAAUGCUGGCGCUUUUGUUUACAAACACUGGUCUCUCGUGAACGGUGCAUGCUCAGACCAGCAAGCGUAGACCUGUACAGUCUCUCAAAGCUUUUUAACCGUAAUUAAGAGUUGCUGGAAGGCUGAAUCAGACAUACAGUAUCACUACCAUCAUCCCCGCUGUUUCUAGAACGACACUGUACGAAUUGUAUUUAUAUGUACAGAGUGUCGUUCUAGAAACAGCGAGGAUGGUGGUACUGUUUGUCUGAAUCAGCCUUCCAGCAACUCUUAAUGUGUUAAAAAGCUUUGUGAGACUGUACAGGGCUACGCUUACUGGUCUGAACAUGCGUAGUUCACGAGAGAUCAGUGUUUGUAAACAAAAGCGCCAGCUUUUGACGAUGGGACACCAAAUAACACAGCACCGGGUGCCUUCAAAACCAUGGCAUGCUCACAAACGAAUAUGGAAUAUCAAAUUUGAGGCAGUGUAUAAUCAUUUUGGGGGCAAAGUUAAAUGAUUUUUCUCUUUGAUAAAUUGAUUUUUGAGUCUAACAUAAAAAAAUAACCUAGUGUUUUGAUGUUGAUGAUCUAAGUAUGAAAUCUCUUCAUCGAAGAUAUUACAUACCCCGAAGGUUUUUCAUACAACACCGGAUGCCCGGGCCACGCAUGCGCAGUAAAGAGGAGACAACGUUUUUUUUCUGAGAGGCGGAAAAAAGUGGCGAUUAUCGCUGGUUUGGUUACAAAAGUAAUGAAGAUACCGAUAUAUAUUUAAAUAAGUAGCGGAUGGCCGAUAACGCGAUUUUGUUAUCAGCGAUAAAGCAUCGCAAUAGCUUAUCGCGAUAACGCCCAGCUAUGGCACUGAUAUGUUAUGACUAUAUAUUAUAUUUGGAAGAAAAAAUGUGAAAAAUCAAUCCUACAAAACUUGAGACCACUUGAAACCUACUGCAAGUGUUUGGUAUAACAGAUACUUUCCUUAAUCAUUUACGUGCCUAUUGCUCACUCUGUAUCUUAAUUAUUCGGUUGAACAUUUGUUUUCCCUCAAUGCACCAUGUAUGUAUUCCAUCAUAAAUCUGUAUGACUG